GGCCUCAAAGCAGAGAGGAGGCGCAGCAGGAGCUCCGCGCGGGCUCCCAAGCGAUGCCGCUGCCGCCGCCUUCUCUCGGGCCGGGGCUGCGCCGCCCGGGCUGAGCCACAGCGCCAGCAGUGAGCCGAGCGGCCGCCAGGCGCGCCCACAGCGCGGGAGGAUGGGCUGCGGCGGGAGCAGGGCUGAUGCCAUCGAGCCCCGCUACUACGAGAGCUGGACCCGAGAGACCGAGUCCACCUGGCUCACCUACACCGACUCGGACGCGCAGCCCAGCGCCGCUGGUCCGGACAACGGCCCCGAGGCCGGCGGCCUGCACGCGGGUGUGCUGGAAGAUGGACUGUCCUCUAAUGGUGUUCCCAGAUCUGCAGCCCCAGGCGGAAUAUCCAACCAAGAGAAGAAGAUGAACUGUGGAACCCAGUGCCCGAAUUCCCAGAGCCUCAGCUCGGGCCCGCUGACCCAGAAACAGAAUGGCCUUUGGACCACAGAGGCCAAAAGAGAUACCAAGAGAAUGUCUGCAAAAGAAGUCACCAUUAAUGUUUCAGACAGCAUCCGGCAGAUGGACAGAAGUAAAAGAAUCACAAAGAACUGUGUCAAUUAGCAGAGUGUCCAAGUAGAAGAACAGAGGGACUUCUGUGGGUGCCCUUCAUGUUACUGGAUCCCCUCAAGCAGCCUUGAAGAAGCGGGCCCCAUUUGCUCAAUGUGGACACUGCUGAAUGCCUUGAGAAACGGUUUUACCUGGCAGCAAACAACUACCUGAGCUGUUGGAACUUUCCCAGCCUCUUUUAGUCGCAUACAGCGAUUGUAUUGAACAGUUCACGAAUCUGUUAAUAAGCUGCCAAUGCAUGGUUAGGUUUGGCUCUUUGCAACCCCUGUAAGAGGGUCUGAUGUAGAAGCAGGGAGACAAAGUCACAGGUUGGUUUAUCCAACAGUUCAGUAGGAGGAGUGGAUUUCCUGGGUGAAAGAUUCACAUGCCAGUGCCAAGCUCUCCUGGCUUCGGCAGGGAACAGUUUCAGGCAAGCUCAUCUUUUCUUUUUAAAUAGUGUCAUAACAAAACAUACUGUUUUCACUUAAAAGCUGGCUUUCACCCAAAUCCCAAUCCAAAAAUAUCAGAACCUGAGAAACAGGAAAACUCUGUUAUUCUUGUUUCCUUAGCUCAGAUUAGAUCCAAUUUCACAGACACUAACUCCACUGGAGUCUCUCUGGAAGGUCUCUGAUCCAGACAGACAUAUUUUCAUUGACCUGAAAGGUCCUCCUAAGCUGGUGUCCAUAUGUUGGCCUCCAAACUGUAACGUCAUGAUCCCUGUGGCCCCCGCAUCCAACCUGGGACACCUCCCCCAUCAGGGCUUAGCCUGACAUUGCACUUUCUGAGAGCUUUCCAGUUCCCUUUCCUCCUCUUGAAGAUUUUUUUUUUUUCCGCUCCAUUUGGGUCAUUUGCAAUUUUAAUCAAAGACUGGACACUGCUCACAGGAGGGAGGUCACCCAGGAACAUGCGGUGGCACACAUGGCUUCCCUUUGGCCUCUCUGUGCACAGCCCCAGGACUGUAUCAUCUUGGUAUCUGCAAAGUAAUUACUUUAGAAAACCAGUACCUGGUUGAUGUGUAUUCACAUUGACAUCAGACUGCUACGCACUGUGUUAGAAAAUCGGCAGUUAACACAGUGAAGUGGUGUUUUGAUAGGAAUCAUUUUCUAGCACUUUUUAAAAACAUGUUCGGCUUGACAUAUUUUCCUUUAAAAUAAUGUAGCAUGAUUUUUAAAGGAUUAUUAACAUGACUGAGAUUGGAAAAGGAAGGGUUCAAGUUGUACCAAACUAUACCAAUAAACCACAGUUAGCAGAAAUAGGCAGCCUGAUGGUGUGUUUAUGUAAGAUAGUCCAGAGAACUAACAUGAGCUAAAACAGACUAAAACUCAGAUACUCCACCUUCAUCUGCUAUGACUCCUCAAACACAACUUAGUUGUUUUAUUUGUUCAUCAUUUCAUUGAUAGAAGACAUCUUUAGAAAUUAAACAUUAAAUACCAAACCUGUUCCAGCUAGUGUGCAGAUGUUGAGGGAUUUGGAGUUCAGCCAAUUACAACUGUACAUCCUGACUCUAACAGCAAACUUAAUUAGGAGACUGACUGAGACCCUAAGGUACAGUGUGCGCUGUGAAUGACUCUGCAGCGGAAUCUCUCUUUUACACUGAGGGUGGAUCUAUGUCAAACCACAGAUCUAGGUGUUCUCCUCAUCUCUGGACAAGCCUUUACCAUACACAGAACCGCGCUUUUCCUAACCCUCAGUCAUUUUGAUUCCUUGUUAAAGGGCUUUUAGAGAAUUUCACAUUCUGAAAUUUUUAAAAACAAGCAAAACGUGUGACUUUUAUGUGCGUGGCAGUAUCGCUCAACAGGCACACCCAACUGCAAGGUUGGCCAUGGUCCUGUGAGUUCAAGGGCUCGUCCCCCCAGGGCAUGCGUGCUGUCCAGUCACUGUGCUAUGGGCCCUGGCUAAGCCCAGCUUCUCUUUAUAACUUUGUUCCUCUCAGUUCACUGCUGCACAUUGUUUGGAAUUUAUCAACUUGAGGUGUCUCUGAAUGUAUCGAAAACACUUUCUCACUUCUGGGGGAGAAGGGCACGGAGAGCAUGUGAUCUGGCCCUCUGCAGAACAGUCUGGAUUCCACCAGGGUGGUGGCCAGAAGCUGAACCAUGGUACUGAAAAUUCAUCUUUUCUGGUGUGUGUUUAAGACAGGAGCCGAUUCUUUACUAUCUGUCCUACUGGGUUAAUACUUUCCAUUGCAAAGUUUGUGUCAAUAAAGUCCUUAAUUUCACAUAUAUACAGAUGGCUAUAAAGAAUCUUUACUGGAAAAAAAAGAAUCUUUACUGGAACCUUAAAUAUGUAUGUAGAGCUAUUCAAUUUUUUUUUUUUUUUAGAUUCAACAAAGGCCUUUUUACAGGCAGAGUGAGUUUGUACACUCUUAUAAUCCCAGCAACUCAGGAAUCUGAAGCAGGGAGACCCUAAGUUUGAGGCUGCCUUAGCAAUAUAGAGAGACCCUGAUUCAAAAUAAAAUAUAAAAAGGGCUGGGGAUUUAGGUUAGUGAUAGAAUGAUCCUGAGUUCAGUCCCCAGUACCAAAACAAACAAAUCCCCAAGUCUUUUAUAUAAGUGAUUCCUGUGAAUCUUCCAGAAAACCUUGUGAGGUAGAGGUAAGAGGAAUGCCCUUAGCAGCAAUUUAAGUAUUUAUAGUCUGCUCAACCAGUUGGUGAUCAUGCUGGGACAUGAGAGAAGAAAUGUACCUGCAAAAUCAGUGUUUUCCCACCAUAAUCUGAUGCCUCUCCUAUGUAGAAACAAAGUCAGCCUGGCUGGGAGGGUUAGCAUUUAGAGUGAGUUCUCAGCAAGCCUGAGACUGGGCCAAGCCCAGAACUAACAGGGUGACUUGGGCUAUUGGAGAGGACUGGGGAGCUCUUGGGGAGUUUGGGUCUGGCCCAAGCUCAAUCAUCCCUCCAGAGAGGGUGACCCUGACCAUGUAUAAGAAGGCACCUUCAGCAAAGUGACUUUAGAAGUCAAAGGAUACGGAACUUGUACGCCUUUGUCGGGGUUUCCGGGACCCCCAGCCUUGGGCAUGGUCAAGAUGGUGCCUGACGCUGAGCCAAAAGCGGCCAGCUAUACAGUAAACAACCAGCGAAUUCC